AUGAUUUCUGAGAUCACCAGUGAUGGAACCAGGCAGCGAGUGGCAGCAAUGACGGAGACGGAAGUACCGAGUAUGAAGCUGGAGACUGGCGAGGCGUUGGAUGGGCCUCGGACUUCCACAAGCAGAAGCUCAUAUGCGAACGGUGGUACAGGUAUGGUGGAGAGGAAGAGAUCCAACAGUCGCACGUCGAGUGGCAGAAACGUGAAGAGCUCCAACGAUAUAUCUUCUGCGUCCAAGAUCUUUCGGAAUCUGCUGAUCUUAGAGGAUGACCUGCGAAAUCAAGCGCAUAAACAGAAAGUACUGAGGUGGCAGUUUACUAUCUUCUUAUCGUGUCUGAUGGGGGUCGCCGGGUUUGCGUUUUACGAGCUGUACUUUACCGGCGAAUCCGUGAAAGGUCUACACAGGUAUGCCUUGCAGUUUGUGCUACUGUUCAUCGGCGUCACCGUGGCAUUGUUCCAUCUUGGAGGGGAGUAUAGACGAACGAUUGUCAUCCCAAGGAAGUUCUUCACCUCUACAAACAAGGGUAUUCGUCAGUUCAAUCUCAAACUGGUGAAAGUGCAUUCGACCUGGAACGAAAGAUUCACCGAUUUUGUGAGAUUCACCAGUAGGAACGUUGCACGUCUCAACAUCUCAGUGCUCACUGGUGUUUGCAGGCUGAGCGACUCGAAUGCUCUGGUCACCUUUUGGACCAGCGUCACGGUACGAUCGCAGCCACGAAUCGGCGCUGUAGACGUGAAACUGGUACUGAACCCAAGAUCGUUCAGUGCAGAGGUCAGAGAAGGCUGGGAAAUUUACAGAGACGAAUUCUGGGCUAGAGAAGGCGCAAGAAGGCGCGUGCAAGUGCCCUCCAAGACGUGA